CGACUUCCAUGACGUCACAUACCAGGUACCUAUAAAGGACGGUUCUGGUCCAUCCGCUGCAUUCCUCGCUGCCAACUUUCCAAAAACCACACAACAUGCCUUGGUCAACUUCACUCCCCCAGGGGAUUCUCAGCUCACCCCUGCUGUCCAUUGGGACACCCACCGCCAGCGGACUCUUGGUCGGGUACCUAGUCAACCGUGGAGGACGAACAAAAGGAAUCUACCACUCGCUGAAGCAGCCCCCCUACCAUCCCCCGGCAUGGCUCUUUCCCCCCGUCUGGUCGCUCCUAUACACCUCAAUGGGGUACGCCGCGUAUCACGCAAACGUGACCACCUUUGACGACUCGUGGCAGCCCUUGUACGGGGCUCAGCUGGCGCUCAAUUAUCUGUGGAUGCCGCUGUUUUUUGGACUGCGCAAGCCGGCCUGGGCGCUGGCAGACUUGACGCUUUUGGGGGGGACCGUGACGUCGUUGAUGAGUGGGUGGUGGGAGACUGAUCGCACGGCGUUUUGGUUUAUGGUGCCAUAUGCGGCAUGGUUGGGGUACGCGGCAUAUUUGAACGUUGGGGUUGGAGUGUUGAAUAAGUGGAGAAUUCCGGGUGGACAGAAGAAGGGGGAGUGAUCAUCUGUCGAGGUAGCUGUGGAAUGGUUGGUGAUGUUGUUGCACUGAAGUCAUUCGCCAGUUAAGCAACAAUGUCACUAAGCUUUCAUGCCAAGGGUCUGUGAUAUACAGGAUCAGAUUCAUGAAUGUGAAUCAAUCAUACAUCACCUCCUUGGGGGUUAGGUCAACAGCAUGCAACCUUUCAAGCAAGGUUCCAAGUUGGUCUGAUGAUAAGCCGGCAGGCAGAUCACUACUUGGCUAAUGGACUCGCAGUUAUAUCAACGUCUGAACUGCUUGUUGCCUAUGGUAAUUAUUGGUCUUCAAUAGGCUCUGUUCUUGGCUCAAUCUUUUGUAUAGACCCGGCCUCAUAGAUUUGUUAGAAGUAACGCACAGGGUGGAAGUUUGAUAAAUAUGAUUGUACGAUACGCCUUCACUGGAACAUUGCAUAAUUAGCCCGACCAUUCAAGUCUACUGACUGUAUGGAGAUCGGCAAUGAGUAGCUGGCAUCGCAGGGCAUCAAUCAAUUUAAAGACGAGACUCGAUGGCUUAUAGAGUGAAUAGCGAUUGCCUUCUAUCCGCACCAUUAUUACGGGGAUUUGGACCGUAGGAGGCAUGUAAU